CACUGUAGUUGACGGUGGACCUGCUGGAGUAAACGGAAAAUCCGAUGAGUAGAAAGGAACUUUGGUUUAACCAGUACUUUUGAAGGAGUAAAGCAGGAAGAAAACUGACCUUGUUGUACAACGUAAACAAAGGCUAUCCGCUGUGAGUAUACUUGUUUGGUGUGGAGUAAACUGCAGAGAUUAACCUGUGUGAUCGUUGGAGUCCUCGAGGAGGAAACGGGCGGCCCUGCCCCUAUAAUAGCGUGGUGGGCGAGCCGCUGGAAGUAUAGGUCCAAAACAGCACAGCAACGAGACUUUAUUUCGGUCGUGUUUGCCAUCGCCCCUAUUUAGCCCAAGCGCAGUGGAGGACACCGGGCGCUUUUCCUUGUGGUGUUGCACUUAUAGCGUGAGUCAGAGGCGAAAGAGUCCGCCGCCCCCGCGGUCCCUACAAAGGGGCGCCCCUGUCCAGGAUUCGAUCGGCCUACGGGCAGUGGAGAUAGGGCAGCGCUCGACCCGGUGAGGUGGUGUGUGACCUUCGCCCCUCUGCUGACCUACGGAGAAGAAAAGGCCAUACCUAUCCAGAAAGCUGUAGGUAGCAGAGCCGCGGCCACCUGUGGAGAGAGAGAAGAACGAGAGUGAAUAAUUGGAGAACAGACUGUGAACGUGAUACCUACCCAGAAAGCUGUAUGCAGCAGAGCCGGUGAGAAAUACUCGAAGUCUCAGUAACAGUGUCUUUGUGUCCUAGCGGCCACCUGUGGAGAGAGAGAAGAACGAGAGUGAAUAAUUGAAGAACAGACUGUGAACGUGAUACCUACCCAGAAAGCUGUAUGCAGCAGAGCCGGUGAGAAAUACUCGAAGUCUCAGUAACAGUGUCUUUGUGUCCUAGCGGCCACCUGUGGAGAGAGAGAAGAACGAGAGUGAAUAAUUGAAGAACAGACUGCGAACGUGAUACCUACCCAGAAAGCUGUAUGCAGCAGAGCCGGUGAGAAAUACUCGAAGUCUCAGUAACAGUGUCUUUGUGUCCUAGCGGCCACCUGUGGAGAGAGAGAAGAACGAGAGUGAAUAAUUGAAGAACAGACUGUGAACGUGAUACCUACCCAGAAAGCUGUAUGCAGCAGAGCCGGUGAGAAAUACUCGAAGUCUCAGUAACAGUGUCUUUGUGUCCUAGCGGCCACCUGUGGAGAGAGAGAAGAACGAGAGUGAAUAAUUGAAGAACAGACUGUGAACGUGAUACCUACCCAGAAAGCUGUAUGCAGCAGAGCCGGUGAGAAAUACUCGAAGUCUCAGUAACAGUGUCUUUGUGUCCUAGCGGCCACCUGUGGAGAGAGAGAAGAACGAGAGUGAAUAAGUGAAGAACAGACUGUGAACGUGAUACCUACCCAGAAAGCUGUAUGCAGCAGAGCCGGUGAGAAAUACUCGAAGUUCCAGUAACAGUGUCUUUGUGUCCUAGCGGCCACCUGUGGAGAGAGAGAAGAACGAGAGUGAACCACUGAAGAACAGACUGUGAAUGUGAUACCUACCCAGAAAGCUGUACGCAGCAGAACCGGUGAGACAUACUCGAAGUCCAAGUAACAGUACUUUUGUGUCCUAGUGGCCGCCUGAGGAGAGAAAGGAGGACGAGAGUGAACAAUCGGAGGACAGACGGUGUAACGCGCUACCUACCCCGAGAGCUGUAAGCGGCAGAACCGGUGAGAAGCAUACCAAAUCCACACUAACCGUGUUUCUGUGUCGCAGUGAACACCUGCGGGGGACGUGAAGGCACGUGGGGCGAGGACCCCCUGCCGGACCGAGGAAAGGUUCACGGACAGUGGAAAAUCUCCUACCAGUCACACCGAGAUUGUUCUGCCUCCGGGAAAGAAGAAGGAGGGCGCCACGGUUAACAGGGUCCAGGCCGGAGCCUGACGAUUCCCUCUUUCCCCCGGCUUAUGGUGAUUGACACCCCUGUUGCCUUUGCCCCUGUCUGCCCGUGGCUGCAGUCUCCCUGGAGGGAGGAGAAGAAGCCUAUUAGUUUUAAAUCCCCCUUUCCCCAAUUCCCCAGUUCUUUUAAAUAUUUAAAUUCAAUAAAGCUUGUUUUAAAUUUUACUCACCUGUUUCCGUGUUUGUCUGGUCAUUGGGUUGGCUUUGGGGACCUCCUCGAGGUGGGAGUUGAAAAGGGGCGUGGCUUUAGUCAAACACAGCCAGCCCCUAGUGGUGACAGAUUUUGGCGUAGUCGGCAGGAUCCCACCUCGAGUUGAGUAACCAAGGUCACCCAAUGACUGACAACGCGGGGCCAGCAGCCCCACCCCGUGCCACACCCGUUAUCAUGGGCAGCCCAUGGGUCCAGAGAUAUGGAGGAGCAGAGUCGGAGGUACGCCUGACCGAAUGGAAGGCCCAACUGGAGUACUUGGCCGACUUGCAGGGCCUUAGCGCCGCCCAGCGGCUCCAAUUUGUGUUGAACUCCCUAGAAGGAGAAGCACGGCGAGAGGUACAAGCCGCCCCCGAAGCAAUUAGAGCCACCGCCCAGACUGUGUUCCAGUUCCUUGCUGAACAAUAUGGUGACCAUACCCCCGUAGCUGUCCUCCGUUCACAAUUUUUUAAUUGUAAACAAGGCCCCCGACAACCUAUUCGAGCUUUUGCCCUCAGGCUGCGGGAGCAGUUCACUCGCCUGCAAGCCCGACGAGACCAUGGGCUAGGAGAUGGAGAAGCUUUGUUACGCGACCAGUUCCUCCUGGGGAUGAAAGAAGGCCCCGUGAGACAAAGUCUGAGGGUCCAGUUCCGGAGGGACCCCGGGCUUACCUUCGAAGAUCUAAAGAAGGAGGCGCUAGCCCUGGAGGGUGAUGAGGCCGAAGUAACCGAAACCCCUGUAUGUGCAGCCGUAAGUGGAAACACAGCAGCGCCACCUGAACACGCAGACUGGAAGCAAGCCCUGAGGGUAGAAUUGUUGAAAGAUGUCCGAGAGCAGAUGUCGGAGCUAUCUAAGACCCUCUUGGGAGAAUUUCGCCAAAGUAGGGCGCGAGAGGAACCGAGGCCGGCACCCCGAGAGCGAGUCUACUCUGAGAGGGGCCGAGAGUCACCGGGACGCCCGAAUCGUUCGAACCGGCCCCGCUUUGAGUGGGAUGACCAAGGGCGGCCAAUCUGCAAUCGGUGUGGAGAACCAGGGCAUUACAGUCGCCAGUGUGGGCCUCGCAGGGCAUCGGAGGGGGGUUUUUAA